AUGUUUAGGCAAUCUAAAAGAAGAGUUACUAGUCGAAAGAACUUUGAGGAUCAGUCGGGUCUCUCCUCAGGCAAAUUCAUCCUGAAUGCCACAACAUCAGAGGAGGAGAAGCAGCUCUAUGAAACUUUGUAUGACUCGAAACUGUCCUUCUAUACCAUUCCACCAAAGGGUGAGAUAACAUUGGAGCAAUUCGAACUAUGGGCCAUUGAUAGACUAAAGGUCUUGCUAGAGAUCGAAUCAUGCAUUCAAAGAAAUAAAUCUGCCAAAGAAAUGGAAGUAAUCGUUAAGCCACUGCUGCAAAAGCUCCUUCCUUUCACGACCGAUAACCUGCUAGAACGCAAAAAGGACUAUUACUCGCACUUCAUCUUGAGACUCUGUUUCUGUCGAUCGAAAGAGUUACGCGAUAAGUUUAUCAGAUCCGAAACUACGUUACUGAAACUUCGUUUUAACAUGAUGACCUCACAAGACCAGGCGAAAUUUGUGAAAACCCUGGAUUUGCCUCUUCUACAAUUCAUUUCUGAUGCGGAGAAGGAAGAACUGUCCACUCAGCUUUAUCAAACGGUGUCAAGCGCUCUACAAUUUCAGCUUAAUCUGACCGACGAAGUUCAACGCAGACAUUACUUCAAUCAAGAGAGAUUUAUCAAACUACCGUUUGAAUCUGUAGUUGAUCUGGUUGGUAGCAGGCAGGUUUUUAUCAAGAAAGGAUUUGCCUACCUUCCUCAAUUUCAACAAUUAAAUCAUAUCGCGAACGAAUUCUCCAGUAUGCUGUCUAGCGCGCUGAUCAAAACAUUUCAAUGUAUUCCUCGAUUGAACGAAGAUGACCGCUUACUACCGAUUUUGCACCACUUAUCAUCAGGAUAUGACGUAUCGAACUUUUUACAGCAAGAGCAGUUUGGACAGGCUUCGCAAGGUGAAGUCAACGCGACAACUGUUUACUCGGAAAAAAUUAGAGAGAACUUCCCCCUAUGCGCUAAAAACUUAAUGAACGGUCUGAAAGAGAAUCACCACUUACGCUAUCAAGGCCGCCAACAGUUGUCCUUUUUCUUGAAAGGUAUUGGUAUGAACGUAGACGACGCCUUACAGUUUUGGUCUGACGCAUUUACCAGCGGUGGCAAUCUUACGUCGGAGAAGUUCAACAAGGAGUAUCGAUACAACUUUAGACACAACUAUGGUCUGGAAGGUAACAGAAUUAACUACAAACCUUGGGAUUGUCGAACUAUCCUCUCAAAACCUAGACCUUCAAGGGGCGAGUAUCACGGCUGUCCGUAUAGGGAUUGGAACGUAGACAAAUUAACAUUAGAGCUGUCUCAAGGAAUGAAUUUAAGCUCAACGCAAGUUACCAGCAUUUUGGACAGUGUUCAACGAACAGAAUACACGGUAGCUUGCACAAAGGUUUUCGAGAUGACCCAUUGUGGGUCCACAGCUGUAGAAGUAAAUGAUCAGACCCAUAUUUCACAUCCAAAUUUGUAUUACGAAAGGUCAAGACAACUUCAGAAAAAGACCGAAGCACCGGUCAAGUAG